CUGACGAUGAAGACAGAUGAGAUAUUUGGGGGAUGGGUCAUUGCAAAGAGAACAGAGGAGACGGAGGAAGCUGAAAGGAUACAGGACAAAUAAAGGACUUUAUAGUAGCAGCACUAGCACAUAACUGCUACAUUCUAUAGCACUGGGAUUUGAUUCAAAAAGAAAAUCAUGACAAGUCAGUCACAAGGAAUCCAGCAGCUGCUGCAGGCAGAGAAGAGAGCGGCUGAGAGAGUGUCUGAGGCCAGAAAACGAAAAGCUCGCAGACUGAAGCAAGCCAAGGAAGAAGCACAAGGGGAGAUUGAGCAAUAUCGCCUGGAGAGAGAGAGGGAGUUUCAGAUCCAGCAGCGCACUGCCCUGGGAACACAAGGAGAUCUUUCUUCUGAGGUGGAAGCUCGGACUCGACAAACACUGCAAAUGGUCCAAAGCAGCCAUGGAAAGAACAAAGAAGCAGUCCUGCGACGGUUAUUGGGCCUGGUGUGCAACGUAAAGGCGGAGCUUCAUCCCAACUACCGUUUCGCUGGCAACUGAGCUUCAAUUUUUACCUGCUUUUAUCUCCCUCAUUUGUUAAUUUGAAGCAUCAGUGUCUGUAUUGUAUAUUAUCUAUGGAAUGGACCCUCAUUUGGUGGAAUUGUACUGUGAUUCAUGGGAAGCAACAGAGUGAUCAUUAUUGCUCAAAUUGCACCCGCAAUCCCUUGUGCUGCUAUAAAUGUCUCUAUAAAUGCAAAUAAAAGGAGACAUAUAGGGGCAGAUUCACUAAGGGUCGAAUUUUGAAGUUAAAAAUACUUCGA